UUUUGCAACAAAUGGCCAGUGAUUGUGGAAUCAUCCCUUGUUCAACGAAUUCCCGUGUUAAAAUUCUUUUUUAUUUAGCAUUUUUCGUGUUAGCGAUUUUAUGUCUGACAAAAACCGCACAAGGAAACCAUGUUCCACAGCCAGUUCCGGGAAACAACAACGCAAAUAGAGGACGAAUUGUAAGAACGGAAGCUCUCUCAGCAGCCCAGCGCAGGCGUGGUUCGCAGCAGCAGCAGACUGUGUCACGUGGUUCAAAUUCAAAUUCCAACUUUAGAAAUGGCAGGAGGUUUUCAAUGCAAAAUGCAAGAGCUUCCACUCAACAACGGAACCCAGCUUCCCGUCGGACUGAACGACUUAGUACAACUAAUUCAAGAACAAGAGGGAAUCAAAGAACCAACAAUGCGAGAACGUUAUUCCCGCAGGACAGGCGCAGGCUUAAUGUCCGCAGAAUUAGCAAUCAAGUUUCCAAUAGAGGGCGUCUACAAGCCGGAAGUGACCCAAGAGGACGUGUAAGACCUAUGCCGAACGCUGAUGCAAAUCAACAGCUCAAUGACCGAGGAAAUACUGAUUUGUUUCCAUCAUCAAUUAACCAAUUCAUUAACAGACUUCGGGAGAGAAUUCCAAACAUAGGACUCGGGCUUGGUGUUCACAUACAGGACCCCGAAGGAAAUUCAGGUACAUCGAGAUCCGGAAGUCCAACGUCUCGAUCGGGUUCAGGGAUGGGUACGGUAAUGAAUGCAAUUGGCUCUUUGGGUGGGUUGUUUAACAGAAGGCGUAAUUCUGCACCAUCCAUUCCCGUUUCACAAUCCUCGUCCCGUUCACAGUCAUCGACUGGAGGAGACUUCUCUUUAAGUGCAAAUGUUAGAGGUCAAGGAUCUGUUACUGACCCUCCAGUCAAUGUUCCUUGGCAACGACCGUCACCUUCAUCAAGUUCUCAACAAUCGCAUAUUUUUGUAGCAAAUCAAUCACCAAUACGAGAAUCGCCUAUUCCGACCGUUCAAGACAAUCGUCGUCUGUUAAACCCUGGUUUCAUACAAGGGCAAGUACAGGCAUCAAAUAUUCAAGGACAAAGAUCUCAACCAGUGUCUAUGAACAAUAUGGUGCAACAACCACAACAACCUCCAAAUGUUGUAAAUCCUAUUGCCCAACCUGUUGUAUCACAACAGAAUGUCGUUCAACAAUCUUCAUUUGGAUUUCCACAGCGGACAAUAGUUAACCAUCAACCAAUACAACCAACGUUUUCACUUUCACUUCAACAGCAGCAGCGACAAAUCCAGCAUCAGCAAUUAGCAAGAAAUCAGCUCAACUCAUUUAACCUCCAAGGUCAAGUUCAACCUCAAGUAGCAAAUGUUAUACAGCAAGCACAACAACCUACAAAUAUUUUGAUGCAAUCUGUACCACAACAAUCACGACCUUUGUCAUUAUUCGGACAAGCACCACAAUCAAUUCAAAACGUCCAGCAGCAACCAUUCCAGCUUAGUGGCAGUCAAAAUGUUAUUAUGCAGCAACAAUCACAACCUAAUUCAGCCACUGGAUUUCAGCCAGUGCAAGUGCCACUCCUCCAAAAUCAACAAAGCUUCGGAGUUAGACGACCAGUAUUGCCUACCCCUGCGCCAAUAAUGUCACAGGCAAUACAAACAAAUGGACAAACAAUAAUAAACGGUGCCGGUAGACUAUUCCAAGCUCCAGCAGUACAAACUUCUUUCAAUACUCAGCCAUCUCUAACACCAAUGUUAACAGGUCAACAAAAUCUUGGAAUUCCUGGGUCGCAGGUUCAGGGCCAGUUUGUUGAUGUUCAGGGCCAGAUACUCCAAUUGCAGCCAUCAAGUCAAAAUACGUAUCAGAUUGUUAAUGGCCAGUUAGUUCCCGUUCAGCAGUCUUUUCAACUUGUUCCAACUGGUCAGACAGUGGCUCCAAGACAGCAACAAGCACAGAUACCAUUCCAUACUGGGCCUAUACAGAUGGCAGCCUUUGAAACAAAUACAGCAAGUGGCACUAAAAGGACUCAAAACCUUCAGCCUCCUACCAAAGUCCCAUUCUCUUUCGGACUAUUUUCAAGCAGUAGCAGUAAAAACGCAAAGAUAUCAAAUCUGACUUCUCAAGCGAAACAGUUAGUGGAGCAGAAUGCCCAGAUUGAGUUGCAGAACCAAUUACUACAGCAGAUGUUAAUAGAGCAAGUGUUGAGUGGUCAGGGACUUAACGCGACAGGAUUUUCACCCAAGUCGUCGAACUCAUCUGCCUCUUCCACUGCCAACAACGUAUCGAACAAAACAAAAGCAAAACCCGCUGCUGUUGCAUUUAACUGGCGUGAAGGUACUGCAGUCACUCCUUCUAGCGCCGGAAUAAGACGAGUCAUGCAUGGACAGAGAAAUCCUGGUGGAGGAAAGAUUAUCAGUCUUAGAGCUGCGAACACAAUAAGUCCAUUCAAAAGAACAAAAAUAGGUAUGACCUUAGCACCUCCUACAAAGCAUGCAAUAAAAUCGCCAACCGUAAAUAUAGUGGUUAAAAAAUCGCCCUCAGCAAAGCCAACUUUUGAUCCAGAGAUACUUCCACAAUAUAGAAAUUCUACAAAUGACACUCUGCGAAGCCUAGAUCGUACCGACAGGCUCAAUACGACGGACAUUCCCGAAGAGAUUGAAGUUAAUGGAAUGUCUCUGGAUAGUCCGGCGGAUCGAAAUGCAGUGGGUACUCCUCAUCCGCUUGAUAAUUACGUCCAUGGAGUUCAUGGUCAUAACAAUAUGGGAACUCGUCCUGUAACUCCUGCAACUGUCUACGGAAUAAGAAAGAGUGAAAAAGCAAGUAAACUUGGCCGAUCGGACAGAGUUAACACUACAGAUGUACCAGAAGAAAUAGAAGUGAAUGGACAAUCUUUGGAUAGUCCAGCCGAUCGAAAUGGUAUGAAUAUCUAUCACCCGUUGGAUUAUCUUGUACAUGGAGUUACACCUGGUGCUCAUCAGAGAGUUCAAGCAGGUGUUCACCAGAAUGCCCAAUUAGGAUAUAACCCAAUCAGACAACAACCUCCUCCCGAGGAGCCAGAGGAGAGAAUAUUCUCAGCAUCUGAUCCUGGAUAUAUUGAUACCACUAUUGGUUUUGGGACCAAUGUAAUGGAUUUGAAACAUUUCCGCGAUCCCACAUUAUUUGAAGCUGUUUCACACCAAGCAUACGAGUUGAUGAAUCUGCUACAGUUUUCGCUGUCUAGAAUUCCAUCGCAGGUUUUACAUGGAGUUCAGUAUUGGAUGCCCAAUAUUCCAUACAACGUGUUCAUGUCCAUUAAAAACUCAGCACCUUCGUUCUAUCGAGGUUUCAAAGAUACUGUAGGCAGUAUUCCUACUUCCGUUGUACGUGGUAUUUUGAAUCUUGUUGACAUCAUCAGAUUUUCGUCUGCCAAAACAAAUAAACCUGUGAAAAACGUUGCGGCAAAAAUUGCUCAAGUUUUACACGAUUCCUUUACGUCCCCUCGUCCACCAACCACUCAAAAUCUAUUUGAUUUCAGAAUAUUUGAUAUGAUUCAGUUGACUACUACCCCAGCACUGCCGGCAACCACAGAUUCUCCUGUGCGGCAUUCUGCAAAAACAUUAGCAAAGCUCAUGAAUUUAGUGAAGCUUCUGAUCUACGAACCAUCCACCACUACAACGACUACGAACACCCCACCUUCUUCAAUAGCUACAGAAGCAUCGAAAGGAAAUAUUACAGGAGUAAUUGAAACAAGUAGUGCACAAAGCGUGAACAAAAAUAUUACUACUGAUAAGAGCAAGACAAAAACGCCCGUGUCGAUAAAAGACGUAUCCGGAAACUCAACAAAGAGCAGCAAUGUUUCAUUAUCUGUGGAAAAGGUAACAUCAAAGCAAAAAUUGUCGCCAAUAACUAGAACUGGUGGAAACAUUAAGAAACGAUUGCCGCCAACUCCAGCUCCAGGGAAACAAAUAGAUGCUCAACAAAGUGGACAAAGCCAACAGCAAGGAAGACAAAAACCAAAGGAAAACCAACAAAUUAGAACAUUUGAGACAGAAUUUCAAAAACAGCAACGUCCUCAUCAUACACCGGUACAGGCUAGUCCUGCAAAACAGAGGAGUUUUCCUAUGAUACAAAGCCACAAUAGAGUAGGAAACAAUAGACAGGUACAGAUAAAUUUCUCAAGGCACGAUCCCAGAAAGCAAAUACCUCAGCAAAAGAAAAAUGUCAAGCAAUCCCCCAAGAAAACGAAACACGGAAUGUUCGAGAUACAAAACAACGUACCAUCGCCAUCCAAGAAAUCAAAAUUAGAUUUAAUGGGUGUUCAAGUGAAAGCAUUAAAAUCUAAAAUAACCACAGACCUUCCAACGCAAGUCCCUCCUAAGACGAUACCACCUGUUAAUUCCCUACCAACCCAAGUUCCCCCGGACGUCUAUCCUCUUGAGACGAAUAAUAAUAAUAAGGGAUUCCGUCACGAAAGAAUAGCAACACCCCCUGUUUAUCAUCACCAGCCUAUUCCAACAAAAGCGUUUAUAAAUAGAAGACCACACACCACACAACGUCCACUUCCGCGACAAUAUCCAACUCUGCCUCGUUAUCAACAACCAAUCACAACUAUUCCUCCUAAUCUAAUGUCAUCAGCACCCUCUUUUUAUAACAAUUAUGAACAACAGCAACAUCAGCACCAACAGUAUCAACAACCUCAACAGCAUCAUCAACAACAGCAACACUCCCCUGAUUAUCUAAACAAUUUCUUCGGGGAUGGUCCAACACAGCCUUCACCGACUGAAGCGUUUGGUAAUGCAUUUGGGUUUAAUGCACAGUCUCAGAACUUUGUGCGUCAACCAAUCGAAAAUACGAUACAAUACAAAGAAUUUAGCAACGCAAAUAGGAAAGGUUUCCGUAUUUCAGAAGUGUUUGGCUGACAAAAAAGGAAAUUACAUGAAAGGAGCACUGUAUAUGAAAAUUAUAAAUGUGAGGUUUCUCCGAUAAAAAAAGGACAAGCUACGAGAAAGACCAAAUUUGGCCCUUUAUUUGACAUCAAGAAAAACAGAUAA